AUGACUGCUGUAUCGCGAUCACUUUUCCGUGUAGCGAUCUUGAGCUUUCUCAUUACAAGGCCAUCAUUGCCGAAAGAUUACUUGGAUGUUCUAAGCCUCACCGAAGAUCAGUGCAAGAUCGCUUUCCCAGGUCUAAUAGAUGAGCUCCAUGAUGCAGUCCUCAGAGGAACAUUUACCUUCAACAAGAGUAAUCCGGAUUACAAAGGCUUAAUACAAGGGAGAAUAAAGGAUGGAAAACUUUACAUCUUGACUUCAUCGCCCGACACUCUCCCCGAAAUCCUUCACCAACGUACCGCCAUCCUGCAGCAACUACAUCGCGCUAUCGUCACAUCAACUACCGUAAUACCAGAUACCCACUUCGCCUUCGUCAUCAACGAUAACCCAAAAGACAACUCUUGGUCUUUCGCCCAUCCAAACAAACCAAAUACAGACAACACAUGGCUCAUGCCGCACUUUAGCUUCUGGUCCUGGCCCUCCCCAUUCCUGGGCACUAUGGAUGAUGCUCUUUCCCGAAUCUCACAUAUUGAAUCCAGCACGCCUUUCCCCUCUAAAAUCGAUAAAGCGGUAUGGCGCGGUACCAUAUGGUUUAAUCCCAUCGGCAAUCCAUAUUUACGCUCAAAGCUCAUCACAACUACGACUGGAAAACAUUGGGCCAACAUACAAAAGCUAGAAAAGGACCGGGAUGGGGAGAUCACGAAUUCGUUGAACAUUGAAGAGUUUUGCAAAUACAAGUAUGUUGUGUAUACGGAGGGGGUGACGUAUAGUGGGCGGUUAGCAUAUCAUCAAGCAUGCGAGAGCGUGCUUUUAAUGCCGCCGCUAACAUACCUGACACAUACAGCGCGGUGGAUUAAGCCUGUUGUUGCUGAGGAGAUGAUGGGAACAUUUGGCAAGACCCCUGGCUCUGACGAGUCCGAGAAAGUGAAUAAGACGACAAAAGGAUGGUCACCACCAACAAUUCUCCCCACGGUAAAGGAUUGGAGGGAAGCAAACGCGGUAUAUGUUGCGAAAGAUUGGUCCGAUCUCGAAUCUACCAUCGAUUUCCUUCGCACGCACCCUAAGAUCGCGGAAACUAUCGCUAGCAAUCAACGGAAGAUGACGCAUGGAAAAGGAUAUCUGAGUUCGGCAGCAGAGACGUGCUACUGGCGGGCACUUGUGAAGGGCUGGGCGAGUGUUGCGGUCCCGGACGGAGAGUGGGGUGAUGAGUUGGACAAACAUAUCCUGCUUGAAGCCUGGUAUAUCCUUGUAUUUGGCCAUCUUUCGAUCGUUAUCGAUGUCGAAACUGCAGUUGAUUGCAACAACCCCGUUGAUUUUCCGCCUCAUUUUGCCUCCGCUAUCUGCAUCCUUCGAUUAUUCACUCUCAUCGAUUUGAACUAUGAUAUUACCUCGUGGAUUAAAAGGCGGCAACAAUGA